UCGUUCACCGUCAUCAUUAUACUUUAGAGACGGGAAGAAUAGGUAGCAGCUCGUGCGUGUUAAAAAAUCUGUAAAAAAAAGUAUCUGUUCGAUAAUUUGUCUUAUAAAAUAAAAUUUAGAUAUUCACCAGGCAAUGAAAAAUCUACAAACCCAAAUAACAGCAUUGCUGUUGUUAACAUUAACGUUUUUCUUCGCUCAUGCUUUACGUCAUGGUAAGUACAUACCUACCUAUUAUUUACAGCAAUAUAAUCUAAUUAUAAUUAUUUGUGUGAUAUUAAUUUUAUCAAAUUCGAUCUUAGGAUUUAUUUUAUAUUCUAAUAUUAUCUAUCAUUACUUUAUUAGGUAGGUAAUUGAAAAAAAAAAAUCAAAUUUUACUAUAAAAACUAAAAUUAUUUAAUUUUACAUUUAAAAUGUGGAGGAUUGUAAACUCAUGUUAUACUUAUAGUAAGUAAUUAUUAUUAUAUAAGUAUUUUUAAUACUGAUUUUCGAACAAUGUUUAGGUUAAUGUAUUAAUGCAUUAAAUAAUAAAUAUAUUUUUGAGAAAUAUUUAGCACACCGGCAGUACUUAAAUUAUAAUUAAAAAUUAAUUUUUUUACAGAAAUUAUUUCUUUACUUAGUUAAUAAAUGGAAUUUUCUAAUAUUUCAUUAAUAUAAUUUAUCGUAUGAUAAUACUAUUUAAAUGAUAACCACUAUGCUGUACACAUUUGUUGCCAAUUGUCAAUAAUAAUUUAUGUUUUUUUUUUUUACAUUGAUGUUCAGAUAAAUUUAUCUUUUUUUUUACUGUAGAAAUCGAUAUAACUAUUGGGUAUCUAGUUUAUUUCAUAUUUCUCAUAAAUAUCCAUCUUCUAAGAUAAAGCUAUUCAUCUGAAUAAUAAUGAAAAUACCUUGAAUAAAUAGGUACUUGUUCAAAAUAUGAUGACUAUUGUUAAUAUUUUGUAAAUGUAUUUUUUGUAAGUUAGACUUAGUAAAUUCAUAAUUUUCUCAAAAUAUUACUUUUUUUACUAUAUGUUAAAAACAAGUAUUUUCGAUUAAAUUAUACUCAGAUAAGUCUUUAUAUUAUAGAUUAAAAAUUUAGUAUAUAUCAAAACAUCUAAAACUCGUUUUAAAAUAAAACCAUAACAUAAUAUAUAUUGUAAAUUAUGUACCAAUUAAACUAAAACACUUUUUAACUUAAAAGAUCUAUAAUUUUUGUUCAUAAUUCAUAAGUUAUCAUUUCUCUUAACUAUGUUAUAUAGUUUUCAUAAAAUAAUAAAAAUUGAACAUUAUUUAAAAAACAGAUACAAAAUAUAUAAUAUAAUAUGAAGUUUUUAAUUUAAUAAAUUUGAAUAUUUGUAGGUGUUUUUAUGCCUUAUAAGGUAGAUAUAUACAUAUUUCUAUGUAGUAUUGUAGAACAAAAAUUAUAUUUGUAAUACAUAUAUAUACAGGGUGAUAAAUUAAUCGUAAUAUACUCAUUAUCCCGGAAAGUAUUUACUUUUUUCGAAAUUUGUUUUAUAGAACAUUUAAGAAACAAUCAGCUAUACCAUUUUGUAUUUAUAUUAGUUAAUGUACACUUUAUUUUUGGGAGUUAAACCAUGACUCACAUUUGAUUUUCGAAUGGCAACCUAUACUAAAAAUCCUAUAAAUAGAUAAAAUAUUAGUUAAAAUAAAUUUUGGUAUUAAAAUGUUUGAUUUCCGGCGAUCCGUUUAUGAGAUAUUCCACUUUUAAGUUUGGGUCGGUGGAGAAUAAUAAUUACUCUCUUUAAUAUUAUGAUAGUGCAAUUUUGAAUCACAAAGGGCCGUGCUGCCACACAAAUGUUGCUCUACAACAACCCCCGACCCAAACUUAAAAGUGGAAUACCUCAUUAAUGGAUUGACGGAAAUCAAAAAUGUCAACAUCAAAAUUUAUUUUAAUAAUAUUUUAUCUAUUUAUGAAAUUUUAAAUAUAGGUUGUCGUUUGAAAAUCGAAAGUGGGUUAAGGUUUACUCCUGAAAAUAAGGGUGACAAAAAAUAACAUAAAUAGAAAAAUUUUAGAGGUGAUUUUUCCUUAAUUUUUCUAAAAAUAAAUUCUGAAAAAGUUAAUACUUUUCGAGAAAAUGAGUUUCUUACGAUAUAUUGAUCACUCUGUAUAUCACAUAAUAUAUUUAUAUCAUAUUAAACGUAACAGAUGUGACAUGAGAUAAUUUCAACAAGAAUUAUUAAAACCGAGGUAACACUUCUUUUGUCAUAAAACUCCUUGUUAUAACAAUUCAAUUUUAUACCAACUAAAAAUACCGUGAAAUUGAAAUGUAUGACCGUAAGAUGUUUUUCUCUUAGAUCUUUUUAAAUACCUAUUAUCAAUUUACAUAAAGCUCACUCAUAUAUAUAUAUAUAUAUAUAGAUAUUGGAUAAGGCAAAAAAGAAGAUACGUAUUAUAGACAUAUUUAAGCUUAGAUAUUGUAUUAUUUUUCGCCUUUUAUUUUUCAUUUAAAAGUAAUUGAUGUAGUACUUACUGCAUAAUAAUGGGUUGUGGUUACAUCUUUGUAAAUAAUAAAAAAAAAAAAAUCAUUUUUGAAUAGAUACCUAAUGCAAUUACUUUUUAAGUUUUACAUGGACAGGCCAUUUUUGGGAAAAUUUAAUUUGUAACUGGUAAAAUAUAUAUUAUAUAUGUUAUCAAAAAAAUAUUAUAAAUAAGUAUUAUUUGAGAAUUUUGCUAUGUUUAAAAUGAAAAAGAUUAUUUUUACCAAUAAAUUAGUUUCUAUAAAAACAUAAUAUAGUCAUGUAGUCAUGUAGAUAGGUAAAAUGUAUUCACUUUAGUACAAUUCAUAUUAAUACAUUAGGGUUUAUGAUUUUUUCGAAUAAUUUAAAAUUCGGCAAUACAAAUACUUGCGCCUGCAUAACUUUUCUGUAACUACCAAUUUUCUUCUACAAACCAAUACAUUUUUAUUAUUAACUCUUUUGAAAGGAUGGUUCAUGAUUAUAUAAUGAAAAGGGGUAUUUAAAAAAAAAAUUGUUAUUUAAAACAUUUAUGUUCGAAUAAUCAUUUUAAUACAAAUUUGCCUAAUUUUACGCUUUGCAUAUAAUAUAGAUAAUAUAAUAUAAUAAAAGUAUUUAUGGACAGGUGAUUGUUUUAUUAAAAAACAGCCGUUUUCUCUAAGAGUUUUAAGUAAAUUUGUCUUCAGUUUUGUUUUUGAUCAUUAUAGAAUCGUUUAAGCUUUAUUUUAACACUAUUUUAAAUUUUUACCCUCACUUUAUUUUUUAUAUCAUUUUUUUACCUGAAAUCAGUAUCCACUUUAGAUUUUUAAAUAGCAACCUCCACUCCUUUCAGUCACAGAUUCAAAUAUAGAAUAUUUUUCUAGAUAUUUGAUUUGCACAACACCAGUAUCUGACUUAAAAUACUCCGACAAAAUAGCUGGUUCACGAUAAAAAAAAAUCACCCUGUAUAUACAUUAUACAUGGGUCCUACAGAAAUCUAAAAAUCGCAAUAACUUUAAAAAAGUUACUCAGGUAGUCAAAUAUUAAUAUUUCAUUCAUAAAGUUAAAUAAAUUUUGAUUAUAGUACCUAAUUAUUUCAAAAAAGAAAAACUCACAAAUAUUGAAUAGAACAAAAUAUAUUGUUAGAUCUCCGUGAAACACUCUGUAUAUAUAGGUUUAUUGUGUUAAAAAUCUAUAAAUAUGUAUUGUUUUUUUUUUUUUUAUUUUCAUUAGCUAUAUGAUUAUUAUAGGUAUAAUAGUAUAAAAUUUUAUUUUAUUAAAAUACGCAUUUUUAAAUAUUAACCACAGCAGGAAAUCACUGUAUAAAAUAUUUAAACGAAUAUUAGUGCUUUUGAGGGUAAUAUUACAUUAGGCUAUUAUCUGAGCGUAUGCUCAUUUCGAAAAGCUAUUAUACUACAUAUCUACAUAUACACAUUUACGUGAAUCAAUAAUAAUUUUAAAUUUUAGAUUCUGAGCAGUGCAUGGAAUAUAUUGGUUUCACAAUGAUGUUUAUUUUUUUUUAUCUACAUAAACAACUUUUCUACCAACAGUUUUCCUCCGAUUUUCAAGUGUAAUACUGUUUCUGAAAGGACAUCUGACUGGGGUGGGACUUUAAGGAAAUCAUUUUUUGAUUUUUCCAUCUGUUUUCAUAAUAAAUGGGAAAAACCAAGAAAAAACAUGGAGUAAACCGAGAAAAAAGUAGGAUAAAAUUUACGAAAUGUAUUAUUUUCAAAUCAUAAAUCUUACGGCCUUUCAAAACAUGUACAACUGAACUCCACUCAGAAUUAUUUUUCGUUAGCAAAGAUUUAUUGCAACGUAUAGAUAUACAUUAAAUUCGCCUCUAUAUCGUAUCUCCCCAACUUCUCAUCAACAAUAUAGUGGGGUACCCAUCGUGCGAAAUAUGCCCGUAUAUUUUUUUAGAUUAUGUGUAUUUAAUUCAACCUAAAAAAAUUAAAUAUUUGAGGAAAAUUGAUUAUUCAUUGAUCUGAAAAUCUGAGCCGUCCUUAGGCCCCUACCCUGGGCCUCGCGCAUUUGUAUAACAAUUUAGGCCUCGUGUUAUUGAAAUUAAACAUUACAUCAUAAUAUUAUAUUUUACAAAUUGUUAACUUUACGCUAGAAUGAAUUUAUUAAUGCUCAAUUGAGAUUUCCUUAGUUUUUUAGUAAGAGUUAAUUAUACUGUUUACUUACACUGUAAGUAAACAACGUCUUAUUGUACGAUUUCACGAUAUAAUAUCUAGAAUCAGAAUCCAUUUCCUAAUGUUGCCAUAUGUCCAUAAAUAAUCAUAUAGGUAGAAUAUUACUAACUUUAUUCCAAUAACUGUAGCCAAUCUUUUUCUAUAUUGAAACUCAUAAAAUAAUAUUUUAAGACAUAUCAAUGACUCAAGAACGAAUAAUUUCACUAGCAAUAUUAUCUAUUAAAAAAGAUGUAGCUUCAAACUUAGACUACGAUGUAGUAAUAAAUUAAUUUGCCAAGUAUAAAACAAGAUAAAUCAACAUUCUGUAGGAUGUAGUAAUAAUUUAACAUACAAUAAUUCUACGUUAAAUUUGUAAAGAUACAUUAUAUUAUUAAUCAAUGUAUGAAUAAUUUGUAAUUAUUAUAAUAAACUAAAACUGUUAAAAAUUAAUCAAAUUAAAAAAGAGAAAAUUGUAAUAAUGUAUUGUUAAUUGUAUGAUUUCAAAAAAAAUUAAAGGACUAAAUUAUAUACCUACAUUAUACAUUGUUUAAUUCUUAUUAUACACAUACAAAAAUUAUAUUCUCAUGCCUCGUCUAAAAAAAAAUUACAUCAAUCCUGGCGACAACUUAAAUUCGACUCUGCUGAUAAUAACCCUAAAAAACUAAAAAAAGCUGAUCAUUGAAUCUAUUUAAUUUUUAUAGGUACAGUUUAACUAUUUUAUUUUAAAAUAAUUAAUAUUUAAUAUAAUAUUGUGAUAUAGAUAAACUUAAAAUUUAACUUUUUUUCAUGUGGCACACAUGUUAUUUUAAAAUGUUUCAUCUCUCGUCAAAUAGUUAAUAGUCUAAUGACACAUAAUAUUACGUAUAUCUUUGUUAUAGACUGUUCAUAAUUGUAUAGACAAAAAUAGAUGACUGUAAUUUUCAUAUUAUAUUUCAAGUCCACAAGGUUCCAAAAUAUAUAAUACUGUAGCAUAGAUUAAAUAUACUACAUAUAGUUUAUUAUUUUGAAAGAUCACCCUUCAGGUCUAAAAACUAUUUUUUAAUUCCAAUUAUUUUGUAUUAUAUUUAUCCAUCCGUUGGAUUUAUGGUGACGUGUUUAGAAUUUAAUAGCUUCGCGAAAGCAAUAGUUUAUUUUACACAAUAUUAUAUUGGUAUAGAAUAUCCGUCAAAACGCGUUAAUAUAAAUAACUAUAGGAACCUCUAGGUACUUACGUAAACAGUAUAGUAUUUACCGUUUUGAUACAAAAAAUAAACCCUAAUUAAAAGUAUCGUGAUGAGUUUUUUCUAAUAGGUACUAAUACAAUUAUAUCAUUCGAAUACAUUUUAAUUUUUAUUAUAUUUAUAUAAUCUGUUAGCGUUCAUGAAUUUUUAUUUAUUUUUAACAUUCGUGAUACCAACAUUUACAUCUUUUGGAAAUUAUCUCGGAAAUAUUGUCCUAUUAAAAUAAGUAUUUUAUCAUAUGUCAUCAAAUCAUUUUGAAUUGUAUUUUUCUGUUUUGAAAAUGCUAAAAUUACGUUUUUGUAAAAUAUUUUACGACUUCUUAAUAAAAUAUAUUUGUGCCGUCAUAUGCAGUAAAAUUUUUUUUUCAAUCUCGUUAAAAUUGGCUAUACAAAUAUGAUGUAUCUUCAUAUAGAUGUACGAUUUCUUCAGUGUAUGUAAGUCGGAACUCAUUCGCAUCUAUAUAUAUUAUGAUUUCGCAGAUAUUUAUAAAAAUAAUAAUGGAUUACAUUGGAUCCUGUAUUCGAUAAUACAAUAUUAAAUAUAAAAAAAGAUAAAAAAUAUUAAAUUUUAUAUUUUUUAGUGUUCUGAUGUAGGUAUAAUCUUUCAAUGUGUUCACGUCGCAAUAAUUGUAUAAAGAUCUAAAUGAAAAUGCGGAUCAGAGAUAAUUCAUAACAACAACGCGGAGUGUAAAAUUGUAGGUGAAUACCUUGGUGAAUUCAAUAUUAUCAAACACCUCGUCUUGUUAUUCGCAGUGAUGUUUGAAAUAGCGUCUGUAUAAUUUUAAUUUAAUUCCGUUGUCGUUCGCUUAUCCAAACUACAUGUAAAAGAUUCAUCUGUUUUUAUAUUACCUACCUAUACACAGAAUGCUCUGGCUAUUUUCAUUAACUAAAUACUAGCUAUAUAGGUAUAACAAAAAGCUUCUUUCUGAGUAGGUGUAUACCUACUCAUAUAUAUCUUUCUCAAGAAACUCGUUAUUUUUAUACGUUCUAAAAUCUCGAUAAUAUAGAGGCGAUGCUGUCGGCAUUAUAUUUUUUCGUGACGUUUUAUUUUACUCGUUCAAAUGAGAUCUUAUAUUUUAAUCGAUUCGGUCUCUCAACAUAUAGCACAUAAUUUAUUGCACACAUAGACAAUAAUUAAUAAGCACUUUUUAACGUUAUAAUCAUUCAAACGGUCAAAUUAUUAUUAAUUAUUAUUUUUAUUCACUUCUUCUUAUAAUCCGGAUGUGGUUCAAAUAGUAAAUAAAAUAUAGUUUCUGAAAUCAAAUUGUGAUUAUUUGUGCCCCUAUUUAUAACACCUCUAUAAUAAUAUGUUUGUAUAAAUUAAGUUUUUUUUUAUUAUUAGUAUGGUACUAGUAUGGUUGGUACUAAUAAUAUGAAUGAUUAAUCAAAAGUUUAAAAAAAAAAUAAAUUUCAUUUAAAAUUCUCAUAAAUUAUAUCUCGUGUUAUUAUAAACUCUACCACUGGUAAAUAUUUCAAUUUUUUUAGAUUUUAGUAUGAUUGUAAUCUGUUGAUCUGUUUAUUCGAUUAUAUUUAUAAUAAAUGAUUAUGUAACCAUACUUAUAGUAUCGAUUAAAUAUUAUAUUAUACUGCGUUUACACGAAAACACACAAAAACACGAAAAGUGUAUAGAGUUUAUUUGUAUUGAUUUUAUCAGAGUUAUAAUACUUACCUAAACCUAUUUUUUAUUUUGUAAUGACAUUUUAAGAUAAAAUAAAUAUAUACUGACAUAAUAUAGUUCGCUGAGAAUUGUUUUCAAUUUCGUAUAUAUGAAAAAGGAUCUGCUCACUUCGUGGACUUAAUUUUUAAAUGGCCAAAAUUAACAGAGAAAUUGUAUGAUAUUGGACAGAUUUAAAACACAAAAAAACAAUAUUAAAAAAUAAUAAUAAAGCCACAUAACAAAAAAAAAAGGUAAAAAUACGUCCUAGAAUAAUGAAGACGGGUGCAGCCAUUGUUAUAAGUAAUUUAAUAUAUACCUGUAAGCAACGAUAUAAACCAUUGCUUACGAAAAAAUGAUUCUGAGCGGAGUUCAGUUGUUAGUGUAGAUUUGUUAACAAUAUAUAUGCCAUUAUUUUAUAGUAAAACAAUUAAAUAGGCUCUAUAUAUUUUCUUUAAUAAUAUUUAUUUAAUGUUAUACCGAUGUUCCCGGUUUUCCUAGUUUUUCUCAUUUGCUGAAAAAACUCCGGAGGAAAUAGAAAAACGACUUUUUUAAAGUACCUCCCCAGUGUAAUUUCCUUUCAGAAACAUUGCUAUCAUUAAAGUUUGAAGCAAAAUUACUAGUAGAAAAGUUGUCCACAGAAAAAAAAAAUCCUAAUAUUAUAUUUAUUAUAUUUCGGAAAUUUCCCGGUUUUUUUCAGUUAUUCGCAUUUGAUAAGAAAACUCUUAAGAAAAUCUAAAAUUGAUCUCUUUAAAGUACCUCCCCACACCGAUUUCCAUUCUGAAAAGUUGCUACAUGUAAAAAUCGGAACAAGUCCUCUGGUAGAAAGGUCCACAGAAAAAAAAAAUAAUCGCUCCACUCAGAAUCUAAAUUUAAAUCCGAAUUAUUAUGUAUGCGGUGUAGUGAUAUUACAGGUUUAACACUGUACGUGUUUAACCUUAUGUGAUAUAGUGCAUAUUAUGUAUUUUUCGGUUUGUGUAAUUUGAAAAAUAAAAAUACACUCAUCAAAUUAUAACCUCGUAAAUAAUAGCAUAAGACAACUCAAAGUUAACUUUAUUAUUAUAAUAUACUGUAAAAAAUUCGUACAAAAAUGAUUAAAUUUAUAUUCAAAACGAAUGAGCGAAUAUUCUCGCUUCUAAAAUAUAAUUUUAUUAUACAGUCCCUACAUCCCUUUGUUUUAAUAGAGACCCAACGUGUGAUUUCAGUUUCCUGUUUAGUAUUUACAGUUUUGAUAAUAUACCUACUUGUGCAAGUAAUAUAUAAUAAUUAUAUUAUAAGAUUAUAUACCUAACAUAAUUACGCACAAUAGUUUUUUUUAUUUUUAAAUAACCACUUUAAAACAUAUAUUAUUAUGGUUAUUCGUUUAUUAUGUUCACUAUACGUGAGCGAAGUACAUAAAAGAGUUUUAUUAUAACUAUUCCACAAAAGAAUAAAAUAAAAAUGGAAUUUAAUUAUUUUAUUUUAAUUUCAUUUUCUAAUUUAGACGUCAAUGAGUGUAGGAUGUCCUACAGUGUUAUCCUUAUACUAAUAAUUCUGUCAAUAUUCAUUUUUUUUUUUUUUCAGUCGGGUUUUGUGAGAGAGGAACGCAUAUUAUGUAGUGAAAAAUCAAAUGUUUACUUUCAUACCUUAAUUAUUGACAAAAAAUACCUUUUUAUUUUAUUAAUUUUCAAAAUAGCCAUUUUGUAAUAUAUAGUAUGAAUGUGAUAUACAUUCAUAUUCGAUCAAUAGUUUCUUAGCAAUAGCCGUUUUAAUAUCUAGAAAAUUGGUGUGAAAACAAUACAUUUUCAAUAGAAAAUGGAAUAACACGUUACGCGAUAAGGAAUCAUAAUCAGCGCGAUAAUUCCUUAUCUUCUAUUGAAUACUAAUUGUUUCACGCCUAAUUUUCUAUACAUUAAAGACACUAUAACUAACAAAAACUAUUAAUCAGAUAUGAAUGUAUGAUAUAUAUUUUACCAUAUGGCUAUUUUGACAAUUUUAAAAAGUGGACAAAAAAAAGUUAUUUUUUUAAAAACACUGUAGUGACAAAAUUUCUAAUAAUACAUUAUGAUAGUUUUAAUUAAAUUAUUUUGCUUUAUUUUUCCAUUUUCGUAUUAUUAUUUAUUUAUUAUUAUUAUUUGUAUAUAGAUUCAGAAUAUAGUGACGAGUUCAAGCGGGACAAUACCAGAAACCGGAGGGAAUCGGUUGCAGGAUUGAUACCGUUCCCUAGAGUUGGACGAUCGGGUAUCAACACUGAUUUACAAAAUAUGGACAAUUUAUGUAUGUAUGUUUUAUAACAAACAUUUUUUUUUUUUUUUUUUAGCAUAUAUUUAUAAUAAUACCUAAUAUUUUAGUAAUACAACAUUACACUAGGUAUUUGUUAUGGAUGUUAAAUUAUAAAUUAAUUUAUAAUUUGAAAUUCAAUUCACGGGAACAACACUAUUUAUUAUAUCAUAUCAAAAUGUGACACAUUCGCAAUUAUCUAUUUCUCUAAUAAUAAUCAAAAAUAAUUUAUCAAACUAAAAUAUUAUAGUUAAGAAAAAAUAUGUUAUUAAUCAGGAUAUUCGUAUAGAUACAAACACGUAUUGCACAUGUUCAUUACAUAAAUGUGUACACAUUUGUAAUCUGUUAAAUUCUUGUUUUUAGACGAGGUCCAGAAAGAACUCAGAAAUCAUAAAAGAGAAGCAGGACUCAUCCCGUUCCCCAGAAUCGGCAGAAGAAGCGGUUCAAGAAACCCGGCUCUUUGGUUUGGUCCCAGAUUAGGACGAUCGGUAAUUGUGCCAGAUAACUACGAUACAUCGUACUUUGACGCUGAAGGUAAUCUAUACAAUAAAUAUCUGAUUCCUAUAUAUUUCCGAAUAAUACCGUUCAUCACAUCUUUUUAAACAACUUUUAUUUUAUUAAUUUUGAUUUGUGGUAGUAUUAAAACUAUUUAAAUUUAUAUUUAUACAAAAGGCAGAUACAAUUUUUAUUAUAACUAUACGUAUACGCAAUAGUAUAAUAUUAUGUACUCUAUUUUAUUUUUCGGUUUGUUAUAUUUUUCCUGACCUUAUCUCAGAACCAUCGAUCUCCCUAUAUGUUUAAAAUCUCAUUUUAAAAACUGUCUUCGUUUAUCAUAUUAUUACGUCUAUAACUGUAUUAUCGAGAAACUCGUUGACAGCAUUGUUUUCUCAUGCGCGUCAAUAUAUUUUCAUUUUGAAUUUCUGUCAUUUUUUUGUUUCAUACUAUACUAUACAAAUGUUAAAGAUAUAAUAAUCAAAUAUAUAUAUAUAUAUAUAUAUAUAUAUAUAUAUAUUAUACGCCCACGAAAUUUUUUACAUGUUUAUAUUUUUCAGCAUAUAUUUUGGUUAAAAUUCUAAUUUUUCAGCCUAUCGAGGAAUGUAUUGGUUUUACUUUGGUAUUAUUUUAGAAAAUAAAGCUAUACUGCACUUCUGUAAUAAUAAGUCUGUUACAUAUAGUUAUAUAAAUCAUUCUCCUACUACUUUCGGACAUCCCUCUGGUUCAAAUAAUCUCAACCUCGGAAGUUCAAGUUAUUUAUAGGCGAAUUGAAGUGUUAAAAGUUUGAUUGAAUUUCAAUAUGAAUCUAACCAUGUUUUUGUGGGGGGAAGGAAUUUGUUUAUCUUUGUAUAUAGACUCUCUGAAUUAAGCUAAGGAAGAUUCAAUUUUGUUCAUGCAUGACAUUAGUAUUAAGAAUAUGCCUUUUGAGAGUAUACAUUUUCAACUCCCAUUCCAAUCAUUUUUAUGAUCAUAUUUCGUAUUUUAUUUUUUAAUUUGAAUAGUAUAGAAUUGUAUUAUUAUAAUAUUUGGUUAUUUAUUGUUUUUAGCAUAAUUCUAUAAUACAAAAUGAGUAGAAGGAUGUUCAUCUCUAUAGUGAAGGACUUCAACACAUUACGGGUGUUUUUUAUAAGCGUUUUUAGUUAAAUCGUAAAAAUCAUUGGAUUUUUAAACAUGCAAAAAACCAAACUUUGUUAAAAUUUAUUUGAAACCAAAUUUCUAGAUUCGCAACGUAUUAUAAGUUUAAAGAACUCACAAUAAAUGUAAGAGUAUCGGUUUAGUUUUAUUUAUCAGAAAAAGUUACUUUCGUUAAAAUGGAAAAACUACGAUGAAUACUACUCCACUCAGAAUCAUUUUUUGUUUGCAAUAAUUUAUCAUUGAUUUCUAGUAUAUAAAUUAUAAAUCACCAUAAGAGGACAUAUAUUGAUUUGGUGAUAUUUUGAUCCAAUGGGGACUAUUUGAUCUGUUAAGGGGAUUUUUUGAUUCGUUUUGUAUACAAAUUAGUUUUUCUGAAUAGAUCAAAAAGCCAUUAUGAGAUCUAAUUGUCCUCGGGAAUAAUUUGAUUCGCAGUAAUAUUUUUAUUAGUUUUUUUGUGGGGACAUUUUGAUCCUGAAACACGUUUUUGCUUUUGUUCGUUAUUAUGCUCGAGAAAAACAAUGUGGAAUAGCUAUAUAGUUAUACAUUAUCUUCCAAUUAUUCAUUAUCCAUUAUGAAACCAGGGAAAAAAGUAAUAUUAAAGAUACUCGUAAUUAAAUUUUCACAAAAUGUAAAAAAUUUCUCUGUUAAAAAUUUGAUUAGGUGGGGAAAAUUUAAUUCAUAUUUGAUAACUUUUGAUUCACGGAUGACAAUUUCACCUUACCUACUAUAUUCUAACCAUUUCAAAUUUCUUACCUACGAUCUACUACUGGAAUAACCAUGGUGAGAAGUAUAUCUGAUUUUUUUUUAUUUUAUCAAUAUUUUAUGAUGGUUGUGAUGGAUGGUAAUAACAAUCAAACUGUCGGUGAUUGAUAUAUUUCUAUAUGUAUUUUCUAUAGUCACGUGUUGUGUCUCUACAUUGUCAAGUAAUCAUUGCCACUGUACUAAAAGUAUGCAAAAUAUCUCGCCACAAAUAUGAAUAAUAACGCAAAUAUUUACCGGUCGCGUUUGUUGACAUACAAAAUUAAUGUUUGGCCCAUGUUGACAUUUAAAUUUACACAUCUUUAUUUCGUUAAAUUAUAUAAUAUUUUUUUAUAUCUUACCAACUUCACCGCAGUCUAGUGUUUCGCGAAUUAAGCGUAGUACGUCUUCAAUUUUAUUAUUUCACUCGUUUGUUAUGCGCGUUUUUUCUCUUUUUUUUCUUAUAAAACUUUGAUUGCUGUACCUACUGUACCCUGAAACAGAGGUCGUAGUCCGCGUAUCUCGAAGAAAUUAUUGCUGCUUGAUAUACUUAUAUUGUAAUAUAAAGCUGCUGCAGUGGUUUCCAACUCAAUACUGUGGAUCCCUUUUACAAAUUGUUAACGACCGCGGACUACUAAAGUUAAUUUAGAGGUGUUUCAUCCUGCCUUUUUUAAUAUUUUAAACUCGAUGAAGAACAAAGAACUCCUUUACACUUGAUUGUAAAUCAAUUCAUACAUUUUUGAUGCGUAGCGUAAUUAUUAUAAUUCGGGUACCCGAUAAGGUACCCGUCGAAUGCCGUUUAUAAUAUUAAAUCAAAUCUUACACAUUUAAAAUAAUUAUUAUAAUGAGUGAAUCGAUGGAAAAGCUAUUAGUUUUACAAAAAUAUGUAUUUUUUUAUUUCGGAAAACGUAUUUUUCGUUGGUAAAAACGAUAUAAUUUUUACCUUAAAAAAUGUAAAAUUUCCGAUUGGUGAUAAUUUAUUUAAACAAAUUUUAUAGAUUCCAAAAAUUUUUCUAUCAAAUAAAAAACUGACAAUAUAUGAGAUCAUACAUUGGUUCUAUUCAUAUUUUGAUUAAUUUUUGAAUUAGAUGCCUUAUAGCUAUGCUAUAAACAUGACUAAUACUAUAAUUUCCCCAAUUUACUGAGCUCUGUUUAAAAUUGAUUUUGUUUAUUUCAAUGAUUUAUCAUUGUUUCUUUCAGUAUGUAAACUAAAUUAGGUAUCUUUCAAUACACUUUAUACGCUUCUAACUUCCUACCAACAACAUUAGCCUACUUGUGGUGUGAAUUAUGUCUAUGAAUUUGUGUAUGGUAUUUGUAUAAUUUCUACAUACACAUAUAAUGACGUACGUGAAUAUUUUUAUUUUCUGUUUCAGAUACACCGCUGAUUAUAAAAUCGAUGAUCGAAAUGAAGAGCAAACAUUUUAGCGACGAAGAAGACAAUUUGAUGUAAUAUAUUUGCGGCGUUGUGAAUUAUUUAUCGAAUUCGUUUUACUUUUAUUGAAAUAAUCUCAUGAAAUAUAAUAGUUAAUAGAUAUAAUAAAACAACAUUAUUAUAAUGUGAUUAACGCAAUAUGUAGUAUAAAAAAAUAGGCGAAACAUAACAAUAAAAUAUUAUACCUACCUACUUUAUACAAUAUUUGAUACGGAACACGAUUGUUGUUUUUAGAGCACUCAUUUUCACAAUAAUAUAAUAAUAUUUAUAUCAAUAUUAUACCAAUUGAUAAAAUAUAACCCGC